UCUGAUCAAGGAGGAGCUCCAGAAAAAAGCCCUGUUGCUGGCAGGCUCAGCCUCACACAGCUGCUCUGCUCCCGUCCAGGCAUGUGGCUUUGCCCUCUGCUCCCUGUUCUCGUGGGAGCGCUUUGUGAAGCAGCCCUUCCUGGGCCAACAGGCUGGCGGUUGCCAGGCAAGAGCCCCCGCUUCGACCGUCCUGGAGACGUGGUAGUUGGGGGGAGCUUCUCCAUCUUUCCCUUCAACAAUGUCACCCUGUUUGAUUUCACUGCCCCACCAGCAGGGUUGCCAUCCUCAGACGUUUCCAGGUGGGGCUACCGUGUGGCCCAGGGUUUUGUCUUUGCCAUUGAGGAGAUCAACAGGGACACCCGCCUGCUGCCCAACCUCACAUUGGGCUUCUCCAUCCGCAACUCCGGGGAUUCGGUGCAUGGAGGCAUGUAUGAGAUGCUGGGCUUCCUCUCCGGGCAGGAGGUGCCGAUCCCCAACUAUGUGUGCGGAUCCAGCCCUCCCCGGGUUGCCCUGAUUGGAGAGACACUCUCAGUCUUAUCAGUCUCCAUGGCCAGGCUGCUGGGGCUCUACAAGUUUCCCCAGGUCAGUUACUCGUCCACACUGCCCAGCCUCAGCGACAAGACCCAGUUCCCAUCUUUCCUGCGGACCCUGGCCAGCGACAUCGCGUCUUCCCACGCCAUAAGCCAGCUGGUACUUCACUUUCGGUGGUCCUGGGUGGGCAUCCUGGCACAGGAUGAUGACUUUGGGCAGCAGGCCAGCUCUUUGGUCUCCCAGGAGCUGGGCCAGGUUGGUGUCUGCAUUGAGUUCUACGUGCACGUCCCCUCCCAGCAGUCGUUGGAGAAGGCAGAUGCCAUUGUGCGGAAGAUGGCCAGUAGCACGGCCACUGUCAUCCUGGUCUUCCUGAGCAACUUCAAGUUCCAGCUGCUGCUGCAGGGCUUGCAGAGCGUCGGCAUCUCAGGCCAGGUGUGGGUCAGCAAGGGCACGCUGCACCUGGGACUGGCGCUGGCUGUGCCGGGGGCCUCCCGCGUAUUGCACAGCUCCUUUGGCCUCCUGCAGCAGGUCAGCUGUGCAUCUGGCUUCCCCGAGUUCCUUGCUCGCUUGAACCCCCGCCGGACCCCAGAGGAUGGGUUCUUGGAGAGGUUCUGGGAGGUCACUUUUGGAUGCAAGUGGCCGCCUCGGAGCAGGGGACAGGCGGGGAAGAGUGCUGUGUUGGGAGGUGCUCGGUUCUGCUCUGGGAAUGAGAGCCUGCGAGGGAAGGAGUACCCCUUCCAGGAAGUGAGCAAAGUGGAUGCAGCAUACAGUGCAGUCUACAGCAUUGCCCAUGCCCUGCAGGCCCUGAAGGACUGUGUGCACAUGGAGGGGGCAUGUGCUGAUCCUCUGCACCUCCAGCCCUGGCAGCUUCUUCACCCCCUCAGAAAGGUGCAUUUCUGGACCCCAGAUGGGGAAGAGAUCAAGUUUGAUGCCAACGGAGAUUUACUUACCAAAUUUGACAUCCACUAUGGGCAGAAGACUGCUAACGGCCUCUUCCACUUUGUCCACAUAGGCGUGAUUGACCCAAGAGCCCCUCCGGGGAAUAGGGUGGUCCACCUGAUGAAGGAGAAUCUGCAGGUCCCCAGCUCUGUCUGCAGCAGAAGUUGUGCUCCAGGGUUCAGCCAGGUCCCCCAGCAGGGAGCUCCCCAGUGUUGUUUUGACUGCAGCCCUUGUCCUGAGGGACAGUUCGCAGACCAAAGAGACAUGAAGAGCUGCCUUCCGUGUCCCAAGGAGCAGUAUUCGAGCCACACCAGAGACCGCUGCCUGCCCAAGAGAGAGACCUUCCUGGCCUUUGGUGAGCCCCUGGGACUCACACUGGCCUCUGUGGCGCUCAUGCUGGCUGGCUUGGCUGUGCUGGUCCUUGGGGUGUUCCUGAAGCACUGGGACACUCCUGUGGUCAGAGCCAACAACAGGGCUCUCAGCUGCACGCUGCUCACCUCCCUGGCGCUCUGUGCCCUCUGUCCACUGCUCUUCCUUGGCCGUCCGACCACCGCCACCUGCCUCCUCCGCCAGAGCACCUUUGCUGUCGUGCUCACGGUGGCUGUGUCCUCCAUCCUGGCCAAGACCCUCACUGUGGUCCUGGCGUUCAGGGUCACCAGGCCAGGAGGCCAGGCCCAGGUAUGCCUGGGACCAAGUUCCUCCUCCUCCGUGGUCCUCCUGGCCUCCUUGAUGCAGGUUGUUCUAUGUGGUGCCUGGCUGGGCACCUCCCCACCAUUCCCAGACCAAGACAUGGCCUCUGAGCCCAGCCAGGUCGUCCUGUAUUGCCAGGAGGGCUCUGGGCUCGCCUUUUCCUGCAUCCUGGCCUAUCUGGGUGUCCUGGCAGCGGGCACCUUCUGUGUGGCAUUUCUGGGCAGGAGCUUGCCCGAUGCCUUUAAUGAGACAAGGUUCCUCACCUUCAGCAUGCUACUGUUCUGCAGCAUCUGGACAGCCUUCCUGCCCCUGUAUCAUAGUGCCCGGGGCAAGCAUACUGUGGCCGUGGAGGUCUUCUCCAUCUUGGCCUCUACUGCAGGGCUGCUGGGUGGCAUCUUCCUCCCCAAGUGUUACAUCAUCUUGCUGAGGCCCGAGAGGAACACCUUGGCUUGGGUGAAGCAUGGGCGUCAGGCUCAGCAGGAAUGA